UGUAGGUCUCCAAGCGAUGGAAUUGUCUACUAUCCUCCACGCUAUUCCGUGAUGCUGUGUGCCUUCGAUAUGUCGGACACAACUGUAGAUCCGUUACACUAGAUUCGCCAGAUGCAUUCACACGAUAUGCCAAGCAGCGUAUUCGUUUGGAACGUGGACAGCCGAUCUCUAAAGUCAUCAACCGUCCGUAUUCUCCAAGGUCAAAUGCGGCAGGCUUAGUUGGUCUUGACUUUUCGCAUGGAAGCUAUGCAUGGAUUGAAGACGCGAUGGUCUAUGUCCAUAACCUCCGUUUGAAUACGACUCAGAGCUUCUGCACAGAAAACAGAGAUACAUUUACUGCAUUACGCGUUUCUGAAUCCAUUAUAGCAGCUAUAACAUUGCAUGGGUAAGCGUUGAUGCAUCUGAAUUGUGCCUCCUCUUUGACAUAUGUUGGCUGAUGCUGCAGAUCCAUGUUCUCCGGGACUUUAGAUUCUGUCAUGUCUGGAGCCUUCAAACCAACGAUUCGGCGUACUUCCGACUGCCAUCGCUGCACUGGAAAUGCUUUGUUGUUCGCAAUAUGAAUGUCGCCAUGGCAUUCAAAAGCACCACGGCCAGCGGGUCGGAGUGUAUUAUACACUGGCAGUUUGACAGUCGCAUUACUCAUACGUUUAAUAUCGCAAACAAAAUAGCAUAUAUAGACAUGGUCCCUACUGCAGGUACUUUGAUAACGGUUCACCUCGAGGAAACCGUGGGUCCUGAUACUUCCAUUGCACAAUUGCGUGUCAAUAAAUAUUCACUCAAGGACACUGUUGCCAUGCGCUCCCCAUCUUUCACGGUGGCACUAAGCUCAAUUGCAGACCCAGCCUGGCAUGUGGAGAUAGAUGACACUUUGUCCUCCACAUUUGGAAAUGCGAUGGGGAUCUUAACAUUCGGGCGAGGUGAUUGUCUAACAGAAACGCCCGGUGAUAUUGCCGCCAUCACUUACAAUCAAGAAACUGGCAGGGUUAGCGUAAAUGUGGUGUCUACAGAGAAUACGCCAUUCAUUCCUAUAUGCAUGGCAUAUGUUGAUAGUAACAUCCUUUACUAUGUCAAGAACGACAAUGGUAAACCCGAGAUCUGGAUUUCCAAUCCAGAUGCCAGAAUCGCCCACCGCCCUGCCAGGUGUAUCAAUCCCCAGUUGCCUCGGGAGGCGUCAAAUAGAGUCUAUUCGCAUGGGACUAAUUUCACACUCAGAGGAGAUCGUGACUUCAUUUUAAUGGUUGAUCAGAACGGACUGAAAGUUUGGUGUUUUAACGACAACAUAAGUCUAUCAGGCGCCGUUCCAUUAUAAAAGAGCUGAAAACACUACAAAACCCGUGCUAGAUUGCUGGUUGGCUCUUGGUUGUCCAGGAAUCUGCUUUGUCUUCGCGCUUUAUGAUUAUACAAAUUCUCCAAGAUUACAAAUGUACAGCCUUGUCUACACGGUUAGCAGUACCCGUCAAGGAUCCAGUGCCUCCCUCCCAACAGGGCGAAAACGUCUCCAGCUAAAUG